AAAUGCCUGGAGUGUAGAAAAGGCUUCACUGGGAAGACACAAAUCACAUAUCAUCAAAAAAUUCACACAGGAGAGAAACCAUUUAAAUGCCUGGAGUGUGGAAAAGCUUUCGCUCAGAAGAGAGAUCUCACUCGUCACCAAGUAACUCACACAGGAGAGAAACCGUUUAAAUGCCUGGAGUGUGGAAAAGGUUUUGCUCAGAAGGCACACCUCUCUUCUCACCAAGUAACUCACACUGGAGAGAAACCCUUUAAAUGCCUGGAGUGUGGAAAAGGUUUCACCCGGAAGACAGACCUCACUCAUCACCAAGUGACUCACACAGGAGAGAAACCCUUUAAAUGCCUGGAAUGUGGAAAAGGCUUCACUGGGAAGACACAACUCAAAUAUCAUCAAAAAACUCACACAGGAGAGAAACCAUUUAAAUGCCCGGAGUGUGGAAAAGCUUUCGCUCAGAAGAGAGAUCUCACUCGUCACCAAGUAAUUCACACAAGAGAGAAACCGUUUAAAUGCCUGGAGUGUGGGAAAGGUUUCACUCGGAAGGCACACCUCUCUUUUCACCAAGCAACUCACACAGGAGAGAAACCCUUUAAAUGCCUGGAGUGUGGAAAAGGUUUCACCCGGAAGAACGACCCCACUCGUCACCAAGUGACUCACACAGGGGAGAAACCCUUUAAAUGCCUGGAGUGUGGAAAAGGUUUCGUUCAGAAGACAAACCUCACUAGUCACCAAGUAACUCACACAGGAGAGAAACCCUUUAAAUGCCUGGAGUGUGGAAAAGGUUUCACCCGGAAGAAACACCUCACUCGUCACCAAGUGACUCACACAGGAGAGAAACCCUUUAAAUGCCUGGAGUGUGGAAAAGGUUUCGUUCAGAAGACAGACCUCACUAGUCACCAAGUGACUCACACAGGAGAGAAACCCUUUAAAUGCCUGGAGUGUGGAAAAGGUUUCACCCGGAAGACAGACCUCACUCAUCACCAAGUGACUCACACAGGAGAGAAGCCCUUUAAAUGCCUGGAGUGUGGAAAAACUUAUAUUAGGAAGGCACAGCUCACCUAUCAUCAAAAAACUCACACAGGAGAGCAACCCUUUAAAUGCCUUGAAUGUGGAAAAGGUUUCGCUCAGAAUGGAGACCUCACUCGUCAUCAAGUAACUCACACAGGAGAGAAACCCUUUAAAUGCCUUGAAUGUGGAAAAGGUUUCACUCGGAAGACACACAUCUCUUUUCACCAAGCAACUCACACAGGAGAGAAACCCUUUAAAUGCCUAGAGUGUGGAAAAGGCUUCACUUGGAAGACACAACUCACAUAUCAUCAAAAAAACUCACAUAGGAAAGAAACCAUUUAAAU